UUUUCUCUUUCUCUUGUUUUCCGGGGGAGAUAAACUGAAGCUAAGCUGCAGCUGGUUCAAGAACCUGUCUGACUUUCUCUGUUUUGCACCUUUAAUCAUCGGGGAUUCACAGUCGGGAUGGCAGCUGUUAAAAUGACGGAGGGUACAGUGCAGGUGGAGAGCUGCAACGCGCCACUGUUUUACAGACAAAGCGAACCUGUGACAGGAGAAGCAAAAGUGUCGGUUCUGCUUCUUCACGGCAUACGCUUCUCUUCAGAAAACUGGCUCAGCAUCGGCACUCUGGAGACGCUGGCCAAAGCAGGUUGCCGCGCGGUCGCCAUCGACCUGCCAGAACUUGGUCAGUCUAAAUCGGCCAAAGCCCCGGCGGCAGUGGGAACACCUGCCCCUGCAGGUUUCCUCAAAGAGGUGUGUGAGCAGCUGAAUCUAACCCCGGCGGUGGUGAUCAGCCCAUCCCUUAGCGGGAUGUAUUCCCUGCCCUUCCUCCUCGAGCACCAGGCUCUGGUGCGAGCCUACAUCCCUGUCGCUCCCAUCUGUACGGACAAAUUCACAGCGGAGCAGUACCAGAGCGUAAAGGUCCCAUCGCUGAUCGUUUACGGUGACCAGGACCAUCAACUCGGGGAGGUGUCGCUCCGUAACCUGAGCAAUCUGGCCAAUCACAAAGUGGUGGUGAUGAAGGGAGCAGGCCACCCCUGUUACCUGGACGACCCAGACACUUGGCACAAAGCUCUUACAGACUUCCUUAACACGCUGUGAAGCUCUUUGCUGUGCAUUAGCAGCGCGAUCGCCAAGAAUGCGGUCACGCAUAGGCAAACACAUUAAUCACUUGUGAAGAAUUGAACUCGCGUAUUCCCAAUGCUUAACCUGAUUUGUAUGUUUUGAUACGUCUGCAAAUCGGGCCUUUUCUAAUGGUGACAGCAGAUGAACUUUUCCUUAAAAAGCCUGAAGCCUGAAGCUUUUUGAGAAAUAUUGUUUCUUAAAUGAGAAAACCUGAUGUCAGUCUUGAAUCUGUACACUAAACACAAAGCUCAAGUCUGUAGCCGACUACUGAACCCAGGCGUGUAGGAUAACGACACGUGGUUCACCCACAUCACUGAACAGCGUCCAGUAUUUCCACUCUGGAAACUUUGUUUCCUGUUUCGUUAUUGUAAAAUAUUUCGUUUGAGUAAUUUUGGUUUAAUUUAGGUGACUGAAGCUACAGUUCACUAACAUCAUAUAAAAUGACCGUGGUUGUUUUAGUGUUUGUUGAGUGCACACAAAACUGCAAGUCUUCCAACGGGCACCUGGUCAAGGCUGCGAAGCAAGAUAGAAAUGUGUUAAACAUGUGUCGCUUUUAUGUCUCAGUGUUUCUGUCCUAAUGCAGUUUAUCUGACUUUGCAGUAAUCAUUACAGAACUGCCUGAAAUCAGCACGAACGAUGCCUUAAAUUCGCCAAAGACCAUUUUUCAAUAUAACUGAACCCAAGUUUUAAUAAAAGAAUGACACUUUUAUGCCUCACACACUGAAACUCUGUAAUUAUGAAGCAAUCAGAAGGGAGCAUGUUAUGAACAUGGAAAUGUUCGUGAUGUGUCUAAAUGGCACAAACAGAAUAAAGUUCAAAGAGAGCAGGCUGCAGGUCACUUUCAUGUCUCUGCACCAUGUUACAUUUGCCAAAUGCUAGCUGCCUACACAUUGCACUCAUACACACCAGGGUUGUAUUAAUCGUCUCAUCCCAGCGUUAGAAGUGAAUAUUUUUAAUAAAGCAUCAUAAUUAUUA